UAAUACUUACGCUUAUUAUAUUACAAGGGGCGUUUUCAGGUCUGAUAUUUUGGACUUUUAUCAAAUUCGAGUUAUAACCGUAUUUAAAGUUUUCUCGUCCGACUAUCGUCAUUUGGAAAUGCCUAAGAUUAAUUUUUAGAGGACUCAUUUAUACACCAGUGCAUGUUGAAAUGGCACUUUGUAAACAGCUUGAUUACACCGUACUGUUAUAGUACGGCGAUAUGCAGUAUCAUAUAUCGAAAAUAUAACAGACAUGAUUUAACGUAGGUCUCAUCUACAUUACUUACAGCUUCUAUUGCUUCUAAAAAUCUAAUUGAUUGACAGUUGAUUUCACUGCUAUAUAAAUUAGACGUGUCUGUGUGUCAUUAUGCUAGUGAGCUUAGCACAGUACGCCCGCGCGACUAUUUGAAAGCUUAGAAACGCGCAGGACAUUUCUGUCCCUAUUCUGACUGCUUCUUCUGCAGUUCGUGUACUUGCUAUUCUCGCGGAGAAAAUGUUUCUGCGUUGAUUUCAUCGAUGUAUCUAUUUUUUUAAGUGUUAUGAUUCAUAUAAUAAUGCAAGGGUGUACUGUGAACAAAUUACACUGAACUAUGCGUUGAGGCUUGUUACUUUUAAAAGUGGUAAUGUGACAUGCAACCGCGCCAAGUAUUUUAACAACUUUCCAACAAUGGCUAAGUUUAUUGCAACUGUAAAAGCCAUAAUUACACGAUUGGUUUUCGCUGCACAUGGUUUCAUUGCCAUUUGGCAGGUGACAACAUUCAAAAGAAAUCCACUUUACUGGUAUCUAAGCUGUCCAAUAUUGUUACUCUUUUUCGAGGGUAUCUUCACGCUUACUAUAAAGCAAAAUCAAGAAUGGAAAUGGUUUUGUCCGUCUGUCUUUUUAUACCUGGGCAGUGUGGUACCUGCUAUUUGGUUGUUGGAAUUGGACAAGGUCGAUAGAAGAAUGAGAAUGCGUGAGUCAAAUAUAAAUAUUUCAGAAAAUUUAAAUCUGACAAACUUGGCUGGAGCUGAUCUAAGAAGUUUGGAAAAAGCACUGGGCGUCAAUAUAAGACUUCCGGAUAUUCAAAUAUCAACGGAAACCUGGGUGACCUUAAUCGAACAAUUUUUAAUGCUUAUAUUAAUAAUCGGACGAUGGAUGUUACCUAAGGGUGAAUUGACUCGAGAUCAAUUAAGUCAAUUACUAUUGGUUUACAUCGGUACUGCAGCUGACAUAAUUGAAUUCUUCGAUUCCUUCAAAGAAGACAAAAUCGCACAGGAACCAGUCUUAGUGUACCUAACCUUAGGAAUUUGGGCAUGGUCACUGAUGCAAUUCACAGUAGUAUUGACAGCAACGAAGUCAAGGAAAUCUCGAUUAUCAUCCGGAAGUGCAAUCAAGAGGAAAGUUCCAUCAGAAACAAGUUGCUGCAGCAUCGACGUAUGGGGAAUAGCUUUAAAUAUGGUUCUUCAAGAUGGUCCAUUUCUUGCGUUCAGACUCAUACUCAUAGUUCACUAUCAAAUAGUCAGCUAUAUGAAUAUCUUUUUCACGUGCAAGAACACCCUGGUAAUACUUCUACAGUUGUACAGACUGUACGUAGUGCAGAGUGAGAGUAAGAACAAGCGUAAAAAGAGUAAAGGCGAGAGAUACGAAAUGACAAAUAUUAGUAUCAUCUCAAGAGGCGAUAUGUGCAAGGACGUACGUGGCAAAAGAUACCAGGAGGAGAAGAAGAAGAAAAAACGUAAAGAUCGAGAUGCCGAGGCGAAUUUAUCAGAUAGCGAAUAUUCGACAGAAGAUAUGGACAGAUAUGACCUUUCACCCAGAAACGUGGAACGGAGUAAACGAAGAACCAGGCAGGAUACUGGAUACUCUACAUCGAGUUCCCGAAAUUCGUCGAAGCAAGAUCGGGUCCAAAAGCGUGAGAACAAGAAGAGAUCAUCUCGCGUAGACUCCAAACGGGAAGUCUCUAGCGAGGAUGAGAGGCAGAAACGGAAGUCGGAGAAGAAAUCUUCGGAGAGAAAAGAACGGAAGUCUACAGACAGUUUUAAGACGUCGGGUAAGUCGAAGAGCGAAGAAUCGGGAAAAAGUAAUGUAAAAAAAGCGAAGCGUCAAACGGAAGAUGAAUCUUCAUCCGAGGAAGUUGAUAUCAACCAAAGUGUCAGCGAGUGCAGUGAAUCUGAGUCUGAAAGAAGAAGGUAUAGACGUCGUAAGCGUCGACAAAACAGGGAAUGACAACGAAGCCUGGGCAUUAUCGCGCUCUUCUUCCUGUACUUCGCGAUCCUGGUUGUUUGUAUGCUAUUUAUACACGCAGGUAUCAACGACGGGAUGGUCCUCGCUACGAAGAAACGGCGAUUCUUUUAUGCAAAUUUUUCUUAUCAGUGCUGCCUAUAGAACGAUGUUUUUAUGAUGAGUCUAUAGUGAUCGUAUUUCGCGCGAAAAGUAUGUGAAUCAGUUUGGUGGUCGUUUUGUACACUGUACGUUGUAUUUAUAUCGUUCCAAGGAAGACGUCAUGCCUUGAUGUCGUACAUAUGAAGUAUAUAGAGAUAAUCUUAGAAAGAUAUAAGUAUUAUAGAAUGCUUCGACAAAUCGGAACAAUGUAUUUGAGCAUUUCUACAAUAUUUGAUUGGAAUUUUUUUGAGGUUAGCUUCGGCGAUGCCUUUCUUUCUUUUGAAUAAGAUACCCUGAGGAGCCAACAUAUCCUUAUGCUGAAUUCUUCUCAACACCUUGAACUUCUUAUCAAGUGCAACGAUAUGACUUGUCCCCGGACACGCGACG